GGCAGCCUCUCCCUGAAAGUCCCUCCCAGAAUCGACCAGGCAGUUAUCAUGGACCCUAGGGAAUGUAAGAUGAGCUUUGAUGAUAGAACGAGAGUGGGGUCUCAUCCUAAAUCUUAUCUCCUUACAAAGCUCCCAAAGCAGAGUAUAUAUAGGCGAAAUGUGGAUUGGGCAGGCUAGACUAAUCGUAUCGAAUUUAGAGGUUAAACCCCGAAAUGUGAAUUAUAAAUAAAAAUAUACGGAGUAUAUGUUGGACAGGGUUGGCUUCACCCAUGGAAGCGAAUAUUGGACCUCAAAUAUUGGACCUCCCAUCAUGCUGUCCGGUCGACGAGGGUGUCAUCAUUUUUUUGUUUUUUUGGACCUCAAAUAUUUGAACUCUAGUGGCUCCAUCGUGGGACCUUUGGCAACCCGCUACCCGGCCUCUAGUGAAUAUUGUUGUCAAACAAUAGUGAAGACAAUGAAGAAGGAUGAGGAGGGGAAGAGGGGAGAAAUCCUGCGAGAUGAGAAAAUUGCGCUCAUACCAAAUCACAAAAUUACAAUCCAAAAGAAACAUUCGAGGUAGUCUUAUGACAGAAAAAACCUACUCCAAAAAUAUAUUGUUCGUUUUUUACAAAAGAAAACUUGUUUUAUACUUCCUCCGUUCCUUUUUAAUUGCAACAGUCAACAUUUCACGUUUGCCAACGCACAAGUUUGACCAUAAAUAUCUUUCAUUCCUUAUUAGUAAAAAAAUUAAAAAAAAAUCAUAUUUUGAAAUUUUAGAAUAAGAAGAAUUUAACAAUAUUUUUUAAAAAUGUAAUUUAUUAUACAUCAAUUAAUAAAAUGUAGUCAAAAUAGAACAUGUGAAUAGUGCAAAAAGUCUAAUGUUGCAACUAAAAGAGAACGGAGGUAGUACUUCGUACUACGUAAAUGUAUGGUAGAAAAGGAAAUCACAAAAGGAUAUCUCGGGAGCAUGACUUUUUCCUGUGUCACCGAAGAAAUCUUGUUUCCCAAAUGUACAGUAGAAAUUGGUAUAAUACUUCGUACUAAAUUAUGAAUAGCGUUUUCCAAACCAAAAUCCAUCUUGCAUGGGGUUGCAUUGCUACUAAAAUCGCACUAGUAGGUUUAAGUUCAUAUAUAGAGCUAAUCAUCAGUUAUAAAUAGAAAGCAUUCAACAAUGGCGUUUAAAAAGCCGAAAGCAAUAAACAGAAUCCGGUCAUCAAUAAUCAUGAACAGAUGCAUUCACAACCCUACCAAUCUCGGAACACACAUAAGCAUCAACGCAGGCAUACUGAAUCUGAUCUACGUUGAGCGAGUAGCAGGCCCAAUUGCUCAUCGUCACCCAUCUCGGCUUCUCCAUAUCCGCCCCUAGGUAAGUCACCGCCAGAUCCUUCAGUCCAACAUUCGCCAUCGACCGAUCGUUGAACUGGUUGACCGCGAUGGUCCGGAGAUCCACGGCAUUAGUCACCUGCAGUCCGUAAUCCUCAUCGAGCUUUUGCAAGUCGGCGUGGAUUCCAACGCCGACGAAGGUGUAGUCACUGUCGGCGAGGAAGCCGAAGAGCCUGUUCGGGAUCUGGUGGCAGUGUAGAGCUUGGAAGAUGAGGCAGCGGUGGCCGACGCAGAGUUGGAGAGUCGCCACCGGAUUCCUCUGUCCGCGGGAGAAAGUCGGGCGCCACUCUGCGUCGAGGCCGACGAUGAGGCGGUGGAGACGGCUGCGGUGGAUGUACUCGAUGUCGUUGAUCCAUUCGACGACCCUGCUAGGGUCGGAGGUGACUAGGGUUUCGAUACGCCUGCCGUAGAAAUAGACGUUAUAGAGAUCCGGAGAACCUCCGACAUUGUCCUCAAUCCCUUGCAUCUCUGGAUUUUUUUUGGGAGAUCUACAGUAUCUUCUUUUCGAGAGGUUCGGCAAGAGAUAAAGUAGAAGAGGAGUGUGGGUUUUAGAAGGGGCUAGGUAUUGUGGGGGCACGACACGCGAUUAUGUAGAAAUCACGAUUGGAUCAAAAGCCUAAGCACCUUGAGGCAACUUUGAGCAAUUUGGGUCUUUUGUAGAAUGCUUUUUUUGUACUAUUUUGGAUCUCAAACUAGAUCAAAUCAGAUUAGAUUAUACCAGACUUUCAUAGUUAUGAAAUACACAGAAGGGAAAACGGUCAAAUAGGUC